AUGCAUCUCAAAAUUAAAAAGUUCCUCGAGAAAGAAUCGACAUCGGCUAUGCCACCUGCUAGUUUGUGUAUUAACCGCGCAAUCAUACGAAUGCACGACGCUAUGGUGGCUCAUUUUGGCGAUGUAUUCGAGAAGACCAGCACCUUUUGGUUCCUUUGA